GGUCGUGGUAAUGAGAAAGAGAAUGGGAAUGGGAACAGCGGUGCCGGAGCGUACCGGCCCAAGGGUCGUCCGCAAGAAGAGGACAUGGAAGAUGAGAGCGAUAGUGAUGAGGAGAACGACAAGAUCCAGGUUUCGAAAAGUAUCGCACACCAAAAGUUGGCUGCCCUUGCAGGCCGCCGUGGAUCGGAUCGUAGCACGAGUUCUCAGCAAGCUCUCCCGAGUCGGAUGGCGGCCACCCGGCCUGUCCUUCCUACAGUGGCCACUGCGCCCAUUCCCCUCGGUCACCCAUACAACCUACCUGCUCCCGCCCCACCCAUGACGCCUCGCACGACGCGGAGACAGAUGUUGUCGACGGAGUUGUCGGAGAGUCUGAGGAGGAAUUUGUUGUGGGAGCGGCAAGUGAGCAAGGUGAAUGUGGUCGUCGGUGCGCGGCGGACGAGUGGAGGGGGGUUGUUGGGUGGGUUGAGACCGCUCACUGCGACGGCAUCUGCUGGCGAGCCGUCGUCGAGGACGGGAGACAGGACGUCGUCUCAACACCGUGUUGUGAAUGGAGAGGAGGAGGAGCGGAGACGAAGGGCGAUGGCGCGGAAUCGAAGUUGGGCGGAUGAUUAUCAUUAUGCUGGGUGGUAG